AUGGCUCUCUCGACCGCUUCAGCCAUCGAUGCGCACCUGCGCGAAGCCACUGCUGACCCCUAUCGCAACGUUCCACGCGCCAUCUUCCUCGCCGCGCGCUCGAAUGACCCCCUCAUCUACUCCGGGCAUGCGGGUUGGGCGCGCCUGCCUGAGACCGAAGUCUCUCGCGAGCAGCUCGAGAAGGAGGGCACGCCUAUCAAGCAAGAUGACAUCGCGGAGAUGUACUCGUGCACGAAGCUCUGCGGGUCGAUCGCGGCGUUGCAGCUCCUCGAGGAGGGCAAGAUCGCGCUCGAGGACGACGCCUCGAAGUUCGUGAAGGAGCUGAAGGACGUCAAGAUCUACAAGGGCUUUGACAAGGACGGCGAGCUGAUCUUGGAGGAGAAUUCGACGCCCAUCACCGUUCGCUCGCUCAUCACUCACACCGCCGGCUUCAUCUACUACUUCCGCCACCCCGACUGCCAGAAGGUUGCCGACAAGCUGGGCAUUGAGACGUCGCCUUACGGGCUCGACGCGACGCGCGACUCGCUUCACAAGAUGCCGCUGUUCCACAAACCUGACGAGCAUUGGAACUACGGUACGAGCAUCGACUGGCUCACCCGGAUCGUCGAGGAGAUCUCAGGACAGGAUCUGGAGACGUACUUCCAGGAGAGGAUCUUCAAACCGCUCGGUAUCACCGACGUCUCGUUCAACGACAACCAAGCGCAAAUCGACAUGGCUUUCGCCGACCCCGAGAAGCCCGACGCACCCUACGUCUUCCGCCGUCCGACGCCGUACUCACGGCAGUUCCGCUACGGUGGUGCCGGUCUCAAAGGUUCCGCGCCUUCCUACCUUAAGCUGGUUCGCGCCCUUCUCCGCGGCGGAGCGCUCGAGGACGAAUCGUCCCGCAUCCUUCGCAAGGAGACGGUCGACCUCAUGUUCAAGCCGCAUUUGACGAACGAGCAGCAGCGUCAGGACCUGCGCGAGGCGGAGAUGUCGGGUUCGGACCCGUUCUCGAGGAAGCGUGGCGAGUCGUUGGAGGACGUCAGCUGGGGACUCGGUGGCAUGCUCAGCGGCAAGGGUCUCGCUUCAGGACGAGGUGGCGGAUCGCUCCACUGGUCGGGAAUGGCGAACACCUUCUGGGUUGUCGACCGCGAGCACGACGUCUGUUUCGUUCUCUUCUCGAACCUGCAGCCGUACGGAUGGCAGCCGGUCUUCGACUUGUGGGAAAAGGUCGAGACGGAGCUGUACAAGGGCUUGGGCGUUCGAGCGGAGUGA